AUGACUGUAGGCAAGGACGUGUCCAUGCUGUUCACAGAUGUUGUGAACUGCAUGCAGACUGAGAACCUGGAGCUGAAGAAGCUUGUCUAUCUGUACCUCAUUAACUAUGCCAAGAGCCAGCCGGAUCUUGCCAUCCUCGCCGUCAACACAUUUGUGAAGGACUCGCAAGAUCCGAAUCCGCUCAUUCGGGCCUUGGCGGUGCGAACAAUGGGUUGCAUUAGGGUUGAUCGUAUCACGGAGUACCUGUGUGACCCACUGCAGCGAUGCCUGAAGGACGACGACCCGUACGUUCGGAAGACCGCAGCAAUCUGUGUGGCCAAGCUCCACGACAUCAACGCAGAGCUGGUCGAGGAUCGUGGUUUUCUAGACAUUCUGCGGGAUAUGAUCUCUGACAGCAAUCCCAUGGUAGUGGCCAACGCAGUUGCCGCUCUGUCCGAAAUUCAAGAAGGCAGCAGCAAGCCUGUCUUCGACAUCACGCCUAAUACAGUCUUCAAACUGCUUGCUGCACUGAACGAGUGUACCGAGUGGGGACAGGUUUUCAUCUUGGAUUCACUUUCCAAAUACAAAGCACGUGAUGCUCGUGAAGCCGAGGGGAUUGUGGAACGCGUUACUCCUCGCUUGCAGCAUGCGAACUCAGCCGUUGUCCUUUCUGCUGUUAAGGUCAUUUUGUUGCAAAUGGAGCUUAUCACAAGCACUGACUUGAUACGGAACCUUAGCAAGAAGAUGGCACCUCCGAUGGUCACGCUUCUUUCGUCAGAGCCUGAGAUUCAGUAUGUGGCUCUGCGAAACAUCAACCUCGUCGUGCAAAAGCGGCCAUCGAUUCUUGCACAUGAAAUCAAGGUUUUCUUUUGCAAGUAUAAUGACCCUAUUUACGUGAAGAUGGAGAAGCUUGAGAUCAUGAUUCGCCUCGCAUCUGAAAGAAACAUUGAUCAGGUGCUGCUCGAGUUCAAGGAGUAUGCAACUGAGGUGGAUGUGGACUUCGUUAGGAAAGCUGUUCGUGCUAUCGGCCGGUGUGCCAUCAAGCUUGAGAAGGCUGCAGAGCGAUGCAUCAAUGUCCUCUUGGACCUUAUCAAGAUCAAGGUCAAUUACGUCGUCCAAGAGGCGAUUGUUGUGAUCAAGGACAUUUUCCGCAGAUAUCCGAACACGUAUGAAUCCAUUAUCGCAACACUCUGUGAAAGCUUAGACAACCUGGAUGAACCAGAGGCGAAGGCGUCGAUGAUAUGGAUCAUUGGAGAGUAUGCUGAGCGUAUUGACAAUGCCGAUGAACUUUUGGAAGGUUUCUUGGAAACCUUUUUGGAGGAGCCCUCACAGGUUCAGCUGCAAUUGUUGACAGCAGCAGUAAAGCUCUUCUUGAAGAAGCCAACAGAGGGGCCACAACAGAUGAUUCAGGAAAGUCGGUUCCAGUCUUGGCUUCUCUCGACCGACCCUGAAGCAGCAAAAGACAUCGUCCUUGCAGAGAAGCCAACUAUCAGUGACGAGGUUUCCGGGCUAGACCCAGAUUUGCUGGCUGAACUCCUUCGAAACAUUGCAACCUUGUCGUCUGUCUAUCAGAAGCCUCCUUCAGCCUUUGUCUCUCGUCUCCGCUCUGCUGUGCCAGCAUCAGCAACUGAGCCGUCUGAAGAGUAUGAAGAGUCAUCUGCUCCUGUUUCAGGAGGAGCUCCUCCUUCAGCUGCACCACCAGCUGCUCCUGCUCCAUCCCCUGCUCCUGCUGCUCCUGCUCCUGCAGCUGCUUCUGCCCCACCUGACCUUCUUGGUGACCUUAUGGGUCUGGAUGCUGCCAUAGUUCCUGUGCCUGAGGCGCCUUCUGGACCUUCUCUUCCAGUUCUUCUAGCAGCGUCAGCUGGGCAAGGGCUGCAGAUCAAUGGUCAACUGGAGCGCAAGGAUGGCCAGGUGGUUUACCGUGUCAAGCUUGACAACAACUCCAGCACAGCUUUGGAUGGCUUUAUGAUGCAGCUGAAUAAAAACUCCUUUGGCAUAUCUGCUCCAGCUGGCGUUUUACCUGUGCCACCUCUGCAACCAGGUGCAUCAGCAACAGCUGACCUGCCAUUGACCCUCUUUCAAAACGCGUCUCCUCCUCCUCCAUCGUCAGUCCUCCAAGUUGCGGUGAAGAACAAUCAGCAGCCAGUUUGGUAUUUCACUGACAAAAUCAGGGUGCAGGCAUUCUUUACUGAAGAAGGGCGCAUGGAACGUGGAGUGUUCCUUGAGACAUGGAAGGCGCUUCCGGAUUCCAACGAGGUAUCCCGUGAUUUGGGCAUAACAAUCGGGAACAUUGACUCUGUCUCAGAAAAGCUGGCCUCCAACAACGUCUUCUUUGUGGCGAAGCGACACCUCAAGGACACCAACCAACACAUCCUUUACCUUUCGGCAAAGCUGGCCCCGUCCAUCCCCAUUCUUCUGGAGAUCACGUUCUUGCUCGGUGUUGCUGGCACGAAGUGUGCCAUCAAGACACCAAGUCCUGAGUGGGCACCUCUUGUCUUCGAGGCAGUUGAGAACAUUCUCCAGUAA